AUGGCUGAGAUAUACAAUGAAGAGAAUUUUGGGCCAGUUCAACAUGCAGCCGCAACAACAGAUGUGAAUGACAUGUCUAAAGAAGACUACAAAGCAUUUAAAGAUAAAUUUGACAAAGAACAAAAGUCAAUAAAACUUGGGUAUGAGCGAGUUAAAGCAAAGGUAAAGAAACUUCAUUCUUCAUUCCAAAAAGCUGUUGUGGUCGGUACCAGAUCUGGCAGUGGAAAAAUUAUUAAAGAACACUGUGAAUCUCUUAUCCAAAUCUGGGGUGGUGCCCCUGAUACUCUCCCCUUAGAAUAUGGUGAAAGCAGUCUAACUGGUGUUCACCCUGAGGCUGAAAACAAUGCCAACUCAUUUGAAGAACGUGAUGUAUUAAAGCUUUGUGAAGAUGAACCUUCUAACACUGGUUUUGAAAAUCUGCAGGGAAUUGGUAAAGAGCAGAAGAAAAGAAAGUGCCUAACAGCUUUGUAUGUUGACGAGAAAUGA